AUGUUUCCUUUGAAAGACACUGAGAUGGGUGCCUCCACCUUCUUCGCCUCAGCUCUGCCACAUGAUGUUUGUGGAAGUAAUGGCCUUCCUCUGACACCUAACUCCAUCAAAAUUUUGGGCAGAUUUCAGAUCCUUAAAACAAUCACCCAUCCCAGGCUUUGCCAGUAUGUUGACAUUACCAGAGGUAAACAUGAGAGACUGGUUGUGGCAGCUGAACACUGUGAAAAGAGUCUGGAAGAUUUACUACGAGAAAGAAAGCCAGUCAGUUCUUCAAGCAUCUUAUGCGUAGCAUAUGAGGUUUUGCAAGGUUUGCAAUAUAUGAACAAACAUGGAAUGGUCCAUCGAGCGCUCUCCCCUUGCAAUAUCCUUUUGGAUCGAAAGGGACAUGUGAAGCUGGCUAAAUUUGGACUCUACCAUAUGACUGCUCAGGGUGUUGAUGUUGAUUUCCCUAUAGGGUACCCAUCAUAUCUGGCACCUGAAGUAAUUGCCCAGGGAAUAGUCAAACCAAGUGAUCAUACUCAGUGUGAGAAGCCUCUGCCUUCUGGCCCUAAAUCAGAUCUGUGGUCUCUUGGUAUAAUAUUAUUUGAGCUCUGCAUGGGGAGAAAAUUAUUCCAGAGUUUGGAGAUAGCAGAAAGACUGAAAUUUAUAAUUAUGUUAGGCUAUGUAGAUGAUAUUGUAACUGUAUUGGCUGAAGAACAUGGUUGCCUUGAUAUUAUUAAGGACCUUCCUGAAAACAUCAUAGCUCUGCUGAAGAAAUGCCUUACGUUCCAACCUUCUAAGAGGCCAACUCCAGAGGAAUUGCUGCAUGACAGUUUGUUCAGUGAAGUAUCCUCAGUAUACCCUCCCUUCCACAAACCUGUUGGUCUGUUCUCAUCUUCUCCAAGGUGUGCUAAUUUAACGCUUCCUGAAGACAUAAGUCAAUUAUGUAAAGAUGAAGAUAGUGAUUACCUAGCAGAAAGAUCAGUUGAAGAGGUUUAUUAUCUCUGGUGUUUGGCUGGAGGAGACUUGGAGAAAGAACUUGUCAACAAGGAAAUCAUUCGAUCAAAGCCACCUGUCUGCACACUUCCCAACUUUUUAUUAGAAGAUGGUGAGAGCUUUGGGCAAGGACGAGAUAGAAGUUCCCUCCUAGAUGACACAACUGUGACUUUGUCUCUGUGCCAGCUCCGAAACAGACUGAAAGAUGUUGGUGGGGAAGCAUUUUAUCCAUUGCUUGAAGAUGACCAGUCAACUUUACCUCAUUCGAAUAGUAGUAAUGAGCUGUCUGCAGCUGCUAGUCUUCCUCUGAUCAUCCGGGAGAGGGACACAGAGUACCAGCUAAAUAGAAUUGUCCUGUUUGACAGGCUGUUGAAGGCUUACCCAUAUAAGAAAAACCAAAUUUGGAAAGAAGCCAGAGUUGACAUCCCUCCUCUUCUGAGAGGCAUAACCUGGGCUGCCCUGUUGGGUGUUGAGGGUGCCAUACAAGCAAAAUAUGAUGCCAUUGAUAAAGACACACCGAUUCCUACAGACAGACAAAUUGAAGUUGAUAUUCCUCGUUGCCAUCAGUAUGAUGAAUUGCUGUCAUCACCAGAGGGUCAUGCAAAGUUUAGACGUGUACUGAAGGCCUGGGUUGUUUCCCAUCCUGAUUUGGUGUACUGGCAAGGUCUUGACUCUCUCUGUGCACCAUUUCUGUACUUGAAUUUUAACAAUGAAGCUCUGGCAUACGCCUGCAUGUCUGCUUUUAUCCCCAAGUAUUUGUAUAACUUCUUUCUGAAAGAUAAUUCUCAUGUUAUUCAAGAAUACCUGACGGUGUUUUCCCAGAUGAUUGCGUUCCAUGAUCCAGAGCUGAGUAACCACCUUAAUGAAAUUGGUUUUAUUCCAGAUCUUUAUGCUAUUCCUUGGUUUCUUACAAUGUUUACACAUGUCUUUCCUUUGCACAAAAUUUUUCACUUGUGGGAUACGUUACUGCUUGGAAAUUCUUCUUUCCCAUUCUGUAUUGGAGUUGCAAUACUUCAACAACUGAGGGAUCGUCUUCUGGCUAAUGGAUUCAAUGAAUGCAUUCUCCUUUUUUCAGACUUGCCAGAGAUUGAUAUUGAGCGUUGUGUUCGUGAGUCAAUCAACCUGUUUCGCUGGACCCCGAAGAGUGCUACAUACAGGCAAUAUGCACAGCCUCCACGGCAAGCCAGUGAGAGCAACGGCGCAAGAAGUUCAAUGUCCUGCUUUUCAGCAGACUAUCAGGAAGCACCUCGAAGUGACCUAUCUAGGGAUUCCAUCAAGUUGGAUGACCUGAAGGCAGAGGUGUCGCCACGAAUUUCAGCAGAAGAUCUGAUUGAUUUGUGUGAGUUGACAGGACCAAGUCAUUCCAAAACACCUAUAAAGAAAACAAAGUCUAGCAAGCCAAAGCUGCUGGUGGUGGACAUUCGUAACAGCGAAGACUUUAAUCGUGGCCACAUUUCUGGCAGCAUCAAUGUCCCGUUCGCGUCAGCAUUUACUGCAGAAGGGGAUCUCAUCCAGUGCCCAGCAACUGCUACGCUCCACAGCUUUAAGGGAAGAGUUGUGGUGAUUGUAGGAAAUGCAGUGAAGAACACAGCUGCUUUUGCAGCUCAUCUAGUGAAAAACAAGUACCCAAGGGUCUGCAUCCUAGAUGGAGGAAUCAACAAGAUCAAGCCCACUGGUCUCCUCACUGUUCCUUCUCCACAAAUUUAA